GCCACAAUGAGGACAGUUACCUAAUGUAUACUACUACAUAGAAGUAAGUACAAUGCAGAGAAAACCAGACAAACUCGCAAACUAUGGAGAGCCGGAGCCUCCCCGGGGUAGUCGCUGCCGUCGUCUUCUUCCUCUCCACCAUGGCCCUACCGGCGGCCGCGGCCGUCGUCGAGCACACAUUCGUUGUGAGCCAGAUGAAUAUGGCACACUUGUGCAAGGAGACGCUGGUCACUGUGGUGAACGGGCAGCUCCCGGGGCCGUCGAUCGAGGUCACAGAGGGAGACUCGGUGGCCGUUCAUGUCGUCAACAAGUCGCCCUACAACAUAACAAUCCAUUGGCAUGGAGUGAAGCAGAGGCUCAACUGUUGGGCCGACGGAGUGCCGAUGAUCACCCAGUGCCCCAUCCUGCCGAACCAUAACUUCACCUACAGGUUCAAUGUCACCGGGCAGGAAGGCACCCUGUGGUGGCAUGCUCACGUCCCCUGCCUUCGGGCAACCCUGCACGGAGCCUUGAUCAUCCGGCCGAGACACGGGCCCAGCUCGUAUCCGUUUCCAAAGCCUGAUAGGGAGAUCCCCAUCGUCAUAGGGGAAUGGUGGCAGGUGGACCUUGCACUUGUGGAUUGGAGAUUGAGGCAUUAUUUGGCUGAUUAUAUUCCCAGUGCAUCCACAAUCAAUGGCAAGCUUGGAGAUCUCUACAACUGCUCUGGGGUCAUGGAAGAUGGCUACGUGCUGGACAUGGAGCCCGGCAAGACCUACCUGCUUCGAGUAAUCAACGCUGCGCUCUUCUCCGAGUAUUACUUCAAGAUCGCCGGACACAAGUUCACAGUCGUCGCCACCGGCGCCAACUAUGUCAGCCCCUACACCACGGAUGUCGUCCCGAUCGCGCCUGGCGAGACGAUGGAUGUUCUCGUGGUUGCCGACGCGGCCCCCGGCAGAUACUACAUGGUCGCCCUGCCCAACCAGUCGCCAAAGCCCGAGCCCCAGAGCCCGGUGUUAAUCACGAGAGGCACGGUGCAGUAUAGCAACAACCACAGCCCCAGCAAUGGAGAAGCAGCGCUGAGCUCAUAUCGUGAGAAAGGAGGAGCAGGAGGUCCAUCCGGUGAUGUGCCAGUGACACCUGAGAUGCCCGACCAGCAUGACAGGAUGACAUCGUUCUACUUCCACGGCAACCUGACAAGCCUGCACCACUCGCAGCGUCUGCCGGUGCCGGCACAAGUCGACGAGCACCUCUUCAUCACGCUAGGCAUGGGCUCUGUAUGCCGGCAAGGCCAAUCUUGCCGGAGGAGCGGGAGCGACGAGUCCAUCGUCGUGGCGACCAUGAACAACUUCACCUUCCAGCCCCCGACGGCGAUGACAUCACUGCUAGAAGCGCACUACUACAACUCUGGAACGAUGGACACGCUGCAACAACUUCCUGACGCGCCGCCGAGGGUGUUCAAUUUCACCGACCCUGCCUUGAUCCCAGAGGGACCCAAGGAGGCGCAGCUAGAGCCGACGUCCAAGGCGACGCUGGCACGGCGAUUCCGGUAUGGCGCAGCGGUGGAGUUGGUGUUCCAGGGCACGGCGAUGAUGCAGAGCGAGUCCAACCCGAUGCACCUGCAUGGGCACGACAUGUUCGUGCUCGCUCAGGGUCUCGGAAACUACGACGCGGCGAGGGAUGUGGCAAGGUACAACCUGGUUGAUCCGCCGGUGUUGAACACCGUGCAAGUCCCAAGUCUCGGAUGGGUCGCUGUCCGAUUUGUCACGGAUAAUCCAGGGAUAUGGUACAUGCAUUGCCACUAUGAGUUCCACCUGUCAAUGGGCAUGACGGCAUUAUUCAUCGUAGAGGAUGGACCAACAUUUGACACAUCCCUCCCUCCACCACCUGCAAAUUUUCCGGCAUGUGGCAAUGACAAUAAUCACGUACCAGACCAAUUCUACCUCCAAACUAGGAAAAGUGAAGUCUCGCACAUAUAUGGAGGCUAAAUGAUAACUCCAACCACUAGUUUCCGAAUAAACGUAAUGAACUUAUGAAUGAUGAACAUCUUCUAUGAGAUAAAAUGUACCUGUAUAGUUUUCGAAUAGCUGGUCUAAAUAUUCAUUAGGGUGUUGUGCGGAGAAGGCAUCUGCGGACAAAUCAACUUGUGUAAGUGACAAUUGUAUCCUUGCUUUUCUAUUGGACUGUAACCUUGCUUUGCAUCAUAAAAGCUCCUGCGAUUUGCCCUUAAAAAACUCAUGUUCUUUUCAAGAUAUUUUAAGCUGUAAUACAAGCUAGUCUACA